AUGGGACAUGAUGAUUUUGAUUUGUUGGCUAGACUGUUUAGGGUUCUCACUCCCCGGCAAGAAUUUGUGAAGAUCCGUGCUCAUCUCAACCCACACGAAAUUGCUGAUGAUUUGACUUUGUAUCAGGUUCUGGGGAAUAUGCUAGCUGACAAGGUUUCAAAUCAGUCGUGUGUACAAUUUAUGCCUGAGAUUGUUCAACAGCUGGAAGAAUUUCAUGCGGAUGCGCAAGAACAAAGGGAUAAGACCUUGAUGUAUUAUCACCUCAAUUUGGACUUGCAAGUGGCGCGGGCACAGGCAGUGUCAUGUCGUGAACAUACGGAAGAACAAGAUGCCAGAGUGAUCACAGAUGUGCGACAGAUGUUGACAAAUUGGACAGUCAAAGAGAAGUGGUCACAACCAGAAGUGGUGGAUGACAGUGAGCUUGUUCACUCAGUUUGGGGUUUUCAGUGGACAACAGCGUUGAUGGAGUGGGUUAGGACCAGUGAAUGGCCGGCCAAUCCGGUCGAAGGGGAUCCAGGGAUAGCAUGGUCUGAGAUAGCACUUUGUCUGGUUCUGCAACGGGGCCUUUGGUUGCCAGUAAAGAGGAAAAGGGGCUUGGUGCAUGCCAUUCUACAUCCUUGCUCGCAGCAGGACGUUGUGGAUUUAGACGUCACUUUUUCCGAACAAACUACAGUUGCCUACAACUUGAUGAAUCAAUUGCAGGGAUUAACAGUCCAACAGGUGCUUCCAUCACAUGUGAAGUAUGGCAAGUGCAAAUCACUUUACAUGCAAGGCAAUGUGUCUUGGACUACGGGGCUUUCGGCUAGACCCCGUUUUCCGAUGCAAGCAAGAGUGUUUGGUAUCAUUCAGGCUUAUUUGGCUAGUCACUCUGGUUUGGUGGCUCUUCCCGAGAUUGAUUUGCCAUUUAAUUGUGACAUGUGGCCGGAAGACAUGAACAAAGAGCACUUUGAAGAGAGAACCCGCAUUGCGCGACUUGCCAUGUUGCGAGUGCGGAAAAGACGAUGGCGCCCUGGCAGUGGCGAUGAAGGCAAUGACAGCUUGGAGUGUGGAUGGUACGUUGUGGUCUCCCUCUUUUAUUUCCUUUUCACCAUGGACCACCUCCUAAGACAGGAGGCAUUGCAAAAGACAAGCUUGGGGGGUACCGCCCUAUUCUUGGCCGGCUUGAAACGUUUUGCCAUUGAUGGUCCUCCUGAGUUUGACCCGAAGCCGGACUCGAUGAGUGGCAAGACCGUGCUGAUCACCGGUGGGAACACAGGCCUGGGCCGCGAGUCCGCGCUGCGCUUGGCCAAAGCAGGCGCCACGGUGGUGCUCACCACGCGCAGCGCCGUCAAGGGGCAGAAGGCCGUGGAGGAGGUGAAAGCCGCCAGUGGCAGCAACGACGUGCACUUCCUGAAGUUGGAUCUGGCAGAUCUGAAUGACGUGAAGUCCUUCAAGCAACGCUUCACGGCAGAGAAGUAUGGGAAAAAAAUUGAUGUUCUCAUGAACAACGCUGGCGUCAUGGCGAUUCCCCAGCGACAAGAGACCAAGGCUACAGAUCUCUCUCACAAACCAUCUUGGCUGGGCCAAAGUCAUGUGCAGUUUACCCAGAAGCUCUUUAGGGAAGGCGGCAUCCAGACGUACCCUGUGCUGGUGGCCCAGACCCUCUACAAGAUGAAAGGGAGGGCUCCGCAAGUGGCCUUUGUCGGAAGAUCCAACGUUGGCAAGUCCACUUUGCUGAAUAUGUUGCUUCACGGGCGUCCAUCACCGGUGUCUCAGCAUCUCAGCGAAAGCAAAAAGUUGCGGAUGCCCAGCGCGGCGCCGGUUUCGCACGUGCCCGGUCGGACCCGGCAUUUGUUCCGCUUCGAGAUUGGGGGAGCCCUACAGUUCGUUGAUUUGCCUGGCUAUGGCUUUGCCAAGACGCCUCAGGAGGUCAAAGAUAGUUGGAAGGAAUUGGUCGAUGGAUUCUUGAAGGAUUCGGAUCGGCUGCAACGGGUGGUCUCGCUGGUGGAUGCUCGCGUGGGGGUGAAAGCUUCGGAUGAAGAGCUGUGGGAGUUGCUCCUGGAGCGUGAGCGGCCGUUCAUGGUGGUGCUCACCAAGGCUGACCAGUGCACACCAGACAUUCUGAACAGAUCCAUGGCGCACGUGGUGUCUCAUUUGGAAAUGAUGCCCUCCACCUACGUCUGGCCCUACGUCCACGCGGUCAGCGGCCUGCGCGGUCACGGGGUGGAUGAGCUGAGGGCCUCCGUCAGCAUGGUGGCCUCGGACUUCAUCACAGCCAGAGCCAGAAAAGAGUCGUUUGCGCGACUAGGAUGUUGUGGGGACCAUUGA